UUCUCCUGGAUUCAGACUCCAGUCUUGCGAUGACUACCACCCCAGGGCACAGUCUCCACCACCACCACCUCCUCUUCCUCCUGCCUCUCCCUCUCCUUCUCCUCCUCCUCUUCCUCCCCCUCUCCCUCUCCCAGGGCUGCCAGCCCUCCUCCAGCCGCACCGAGUGUGACACGCUGCCUCUGGUUCCCGGGCACGAGCUCGUAGGCCAGGGCUUCAACAUGGUGACCAUGAAGAGCUCCGGGGCGUCGGUCGUGGACACCCAGAGCUACAUGGUGGGCGGUGACCACGGCAACUGCACCGUGUGCCCCAGCCUGUUCCUGGGUCAGCGGCACAAACUGCCCGUUGCCGUGGCGCGCUGGGGUGUCGGGGUGCGGUGCCACCGGGCCCUCUCCACGCAGACGUUCAUGUCCAGUCAGGCGGUUCUGAAGGCCAACGCGCGGACCCAGAGCGCCAGCUGGAGGAGCGAGCUGGACCUGCGCGGGCUCUACGGGUUCGCCAUCGGCGGCACUCGCUCCACGUCGUCCUGCUUCGCCAAGAGCCUCUCCGCCACGGACAAGUACUCGUACAGCCGACACGACUUCACCUGUCGCUACUACACAGUUGGACUCCGAGCUCGUCCCCCUGUCACCAAGGCGUUCCAAAAGGCCGUUGGCUCCCUCCCUGUGACAUAUAACUCCACCACCCUCCCUGCCUACCGCCACUUCAUCUCCAUAUAUGGUACCCACUUCCUGAGUCAGGCAGAGCUGGGGGGGCGUGUCCAGUCCACCACGGCCAUGGCCACGUGCCGAUUGGCCAUGAGCGGCCUGUCCGUCAACGACGUCAGCAUCUGCCUCUCCGCGGAGGGCACGGCGGCCAUCGGAGGCCAAGCGCUGCCCGCCGCGUUCAGAUUCUGCAGAGCGAAAAGCAGGAGGCUCAGCGGCCGAAGCUUCGCCGAGACCUUCUCCCAGCGCGUCACCGACGUCCAGGGUGGCAUCGGCGGCCAGGGAGGGGACCUCUUGUUCGCGCCCCGGAACAGGCGCCGCUACGAGGCCUGGCUGCGCUCGCUCCGGGCCAACCCCGGCGUGGUGGCGCACAGCCUGACCCCUCUGCACGCGCUGCUGGACAGGAGGGACGCAGAGAAGCGCGAGAGCCUGCGCCGGGCGGUCAGCGAGUACGUGCGCGGCUACGCCGUGCCCGCGGAGUGCCGCUCCAGGUGCGCCGUGGGCAGGCGGACGGAGAGCUGCGGGUGUGAGUGCCGCGGGCACGUGGGCAUCGACGCCAACUGCUGCCCGACGCGAGCCUCGCUGGCCGACCUGACCGUGGUGGUGGAGAGGGCCACGGGGCUCUGGGGAGACAACUUCUCCAAGACCGACGCCUACGUCACAGUGUUCUACGGGACACGCAGAAGCUCCACGCCCGUCAUCGCAAACAACAAUUUCCCCCAGUGGAACUACCGGUUCUCCGUUGGAACCGUUGAUCUUGCGAGGAAAGUGCCUUUGCGUUUUGAAGUGUGGGAUCAAAACACGUUGUGGAAAGACACGUUCCUAGGAAAGGGCUUCGUGGUUCCCAACCAGGGCUGGCAAGUGAAGCGCCGCUUCCCUCUGAUGCACGGCUCGCUCUUCGUCUCCAUCACGGCUGUCUGCGCCCCCAAUCUCACCGGACCCCUCUGUGGACGCUACUCCCCGACCCCAGCGGCUGGUGGGGGCCUGUGCGACCAACACGAGCAGGCCGGGGGUGGACACACUUGAGGUCAGACCCCCUAGAAAACACGCCUGGAGGAACGCCUUGCUGCGAAGAAGACUCUGUCAUUCUCCUUUGGAUGAGAAGAGAUGAGAAGAAUAACAUUUUGCUGAUCUUAUUUUAAAUGCUUCAUGUUAUCCGUAGAGCUACCUAAAGCCAUGAUUUAAAAAAACAAAUGUCUGUGGAAAAAUUCGUCCUCUUUUUUACUUUCUGUUGGCCUGACAUCAGUAUUCGGAAAUGCUCUUCCUCUUGUUUUUAAAGAGAAUUGUUGGUGCUGCUUGAGUUUUUAUUUUAGCUUUAGAACUAGUGCUAUGAUGCAAAUCUGUUUAGAGUGAAGCCCCACUAUUCGCAACAGCUUUUCUUCCUCACUGAAAGAAGAGAGGAGAGCUUCUCGGUGUUGUUGAUGUUUGAGCAGAGCUUAGCGUGACUCCAGAGCUAUUAUAACACGACACCGUGGUGUGAGGUAGCCCUCUCUUCUUUCUGGCCUCAGCUUCACCAACAUUCAAACUGUACACUCGUUUAUUUUCAUUUUAUUUCAAAUAAAUACAUUCAUUUCACGUCAUUAGUGUCCACAUUUUUGCCGCCUGUGCAAAAUGAUUAAACACAUUGUCAUGGUUUGCAAUAUUUUUUCAUUUGUGUGGUCUUCAUAUGCUGUGCUUCAUGUGCUUGAGAAUAAACAGUUUUAAACAGU